UUUAUUUCUAAAUAAUACGUAUAACUAAAUUAUACAAAGAUCUGUGAACUACACUGUCUUUAAAAUGAGAUUAUAGGUGAAUAUUACAUAUCAUUUAUAAGCCGGAUGUAGCAGGUCGAGUUGUCAGAAGCAACGUAAACAUGUCGGGCCUCCUGGAACCAACUUUGUACAUCAUCAAGGGCAUUGCCAUCCUUGACAAUGAUGGGAACAGGUUGCUCGCAAAGUACUACGACCCAAACGUCUUCCCAACAGUAAAGGAAGAGAAGAAAUUUGAAAAGAAUCUCUUCCAGAAAACACACAGAGCCAAUGCAGAGGUCAUCAUGCUGGAUCGUCUUACCUGUGUCUACCGCUCAAAUGUUGACCUUUUCUUCUAUGUCAUGGGCUAUUCACAUGAAAAUGAGCUCAUAUUGGUGUCAGUGUUGAGUUGUCUCUAUGAUGCAGUCUCAGCCAUCUUGAGAAAAAAUGUAGAAAAGCGGACUCUGUUGGACAAUCUUGACAUUAUUAUGUUGGCUGUAGAUGAGAUCUGUGAUGGAGGAAUUCCUUUGGAGACCGACGCACAAGUUGUUAGUCAGCGUGUAGCACUAAGGCUGGAGGAGAGCCCAUUCAACGACCAGACUGUCACACAGCAAGUGCGCCAGAAACUCGAGUCCACAACAGGCGCGGUUCUUCAGUCUGCCCGUGAACAGCUGAAGUGGUCGCUGCUCAAGUGAUGAAGAGACCGCCAGAGGAAAAAUUGAAGAGAACCACGUGGAUAUGAAUGUGUAUAUUCAUUUGGUCCUGUUAUUUUGACUUAUAGAUUUAUGGGGGUGUUUUAAGUGGCUGUAUUCUUUAUAAGGAGUUAUGUUGUUAUUGAAGAAUGUGUUUUGAUUUCAGUUUCAUGAAGGUAGAAGGAAAAGACAUAUAGAGACAUUUGAGAAGAUGUGACGCCUAUGAUUUUUAUGUAUUAUAUUUAUUUUGUUUAUGAAUAUAAUUUUAGUAUGAUUUCCCUUCUUCCUCAACUAUAUGAACUUUUUAAAUACAUUAGAAAUAUAAUAGUGAUGAUGUAGAUACGUUACUGUCUUGAAAUUUGUAGUUCAAACAUUAAAUUGUAGUUGUAGGAACUAUUAUUUCAUGUUGUGCAGAAAAUUCUUAUUUACUGAAGGUAUUUAUACCAACAUCUUUACAUAAAAGAACAACUUAAUAUAAUAAAAAUGAACCAGUGAAACCAUGUUUUAGCAGGAUGUUUAUAAAAUCUGUCCAGUAAAAUUUUCUAUGAAAUCAAA